AUGGAAGAAGAGCUCUGCUGUCCCGCCUGUAAGCAGUUCUACAACAACCCGGUGCUGCUCCCGUGCUACCACGCUCUGUGUCUGCACUGCGCCGUCCAACUCCAGCAGCCCGCCCACCAAAAUGCCCCCGCCGCCGCCGUGAGCGCCGAGAACGCUGAGAGCGUCGCUUCCGGGAGUUCCGGCGACUACCAGGAGAGCGAUAAACUCUCGAUCCUGAGCGAGACCGACAGCGGCGUGGUCUGCACCUCCAGGCCCAACAGCUACGUGGGCACCCCCAACGGGGUGCUGUUCCCCAGCGCCCUGAGCCUGGCCUGUCCCGUGUGCCACAAACUGGUGUACUUCGACGAGAACGGCGCCCACAACCUCCCCAAGUACAGAGUGAUGCAGAGCAUCGUCGACAAAUACGGGGAACUCAGAAAUCUCAUCCUCAAAUGUCAGAUGUGUGAGGUUGAGCCCGCGAAGGAUGCCACGGUGAUGUGCGAGCAAUGCGAGGUCCUCUAUUGCGACACCUGUAGGGAGUCCUGUCAUCCCAGUCGGGGGCCCUUGGCCAAGCACGUCUUGGUCGAGCCCAAGAGAUGUUCCGGGAGUGCUCCUAAAGGGAAGGAAGGCAAAUGCCCGGAACACGUGGAAGAGACGCUUAGUAUGUACUGUCUAGUGUGUAAGAUGGGUGUUUGUGCGGUUUGUUUGAUGGACUCCAGGCACACCUCUCAUGAUGUCCAGGCGCUGGCGGUCAUGUGCAAAGCCCAAAAGGUAGUCUAA